GGGCCGCCGCUCGCCGCGCCUGGAUGCGCCCCCCGCCACCGCGCCCGCGGCUCCCAUGGCGGUGGCACGGAAAAUCAAAACUUUGUUGACGGUGAACAUCUUGGUCUUCGUGGGCAUCAUCCUCUUCUCCGUCUACUGCAGGAUCCAGGACCGCUCCCAGGAGCUGGUGCAGAUCGUCCGGAGCGCGGACCGCCGGGCCAGGAGCCGCGGCGCCAAGGUGGGCAGCCUGGCCGACAGGGAGUCCAUCCUGCAGCGCCUGGACCACCUGGAGGAAGUGGUCUACAACCAGCUCAAUGGUCUGGCAAAGCCCAUGGGAUUAGUUGAAGGUCCAGGAGGCUUGGGCCAGGGGGGAAUGGCUGCUACGCUGAGAGAUGAUAGCCAUGAAUCAGAGACUAAGUAUGAAGAAUAUGGUUACAAUGCCCAGCUCAGUGACAGGAUAUCACUGGACAGGUCCAUCCCUGACUACAGACCUAAAAAGUGCAAGCAGAUGACCUACCCAGAGGACCUGCCCCAGAUCUCUGUGGUGUUCAUAUUUGUGAACGAGGCUCUCUCUGUCAUCCUGCGCUCCGUGCACAGUGUGGUGAACCACACCCCAUCCCACCUGCUCAAGGAGAUCAUCCUGGUGGAUGACAACAGUGACAACGUUGAGCUGAAGUUUAACCUGGACCAGUACGUCCAUAAGAGGUACCCGGGCCUGGUGAAGAUCGUGCGCAACAACAAACGCGAGGGGCUGAUCCGAGCCAGGAUCCAGGGCUGGAAAGCAGCAACAUCUCCCGUGGUCGGCUUCUUCGAUGCCCACGUGGAGUUCAACAUUGGCUGGGCAGAACCCGCGCUCACCCGCAUCAAGGAGGAUCGCAAGCGGAUCAUCCUGCCCGCCAUCGACAACAUCAAGUACAACACCUUUGAAGUGCAGCAGUACGCCAACGCCGCCCACGGCUACAACUGGGGGCUCUGGUGCAUGUACAUCAUCCCACCACAGGACUGGCUGGAUAAAGGGGAUGAGUCAGCUCCCAUCAGGACACCAGCCAUGAUUGGAUGCUCUUUUGUGGUGGACCGAGAGUAUUUUGGCGAGAUUGGCCUGCUUGACCCUGGCAUGGAGGUCUAUGGAGGAGAAAACAUCGAAUUAGGCAUGAGAGUGUGGCAGUGCGGGGGCAGCAUGGAGGUGCUGCCCUGCUCCCGCGUGGCGCACAUCGAGCGCACCAAGAAGCCCUACAACAACGACAUCGACUACUAUGCAAAGCGCAACGCCCUGCGCGCCGCCGAGGUCUGGAUGGACGACUUCAAGUCCCACGUCUACAUGGCCUGGAACAUCCCCAUGGCAAACCCUGGAGUUGACUUUGGAGAUGUUUCUGAAAGAAUCGCUCUGCGACAGCGACUGCAGUGCCGGAGCUUUAAGUGGUACUUGGAGAACGUGUACCCUGAGAUGAGGGUUUACAAUAACACAGUCACUUAUGGAGAGGUGCGGAACAGCAAAGCCAGUGGCUACUGCCUGGACCAGGGGGCUGAAGAGGAUGACAAAGCCAUCCUUUAUCCAUGCCAUGGAAUGUCCUCCCAGCUCGUCCGCUACAGCUCGGAAGGUGUCCUGCAGCUGGGGCCGCUGGGCUCCACCGCCUUCCUGCCCGACUCCAAAUGCCUGGUGGACGAUGGCAAGGGCAGGACACCCACCCUCAAGAAGUGUGAAGAUGUCCUGAGGCCAGCGCAGAGGUUCUGGGAUUUCACACAGAAUGGUCCUAUCAUCAGCAGAGACACAGGCCGUUGUCUAGAAGUGGAAAUGUCCAAGGAUGCAAAUUUUGGGCUCAGAUUAGUUGUACAAAGGUGCUCGGGGCAGAAAUGGAUGAUCAGAAACUGGAUCAAACACGGUCGGCACUGACUGUGGGGCUGAGCUGCCUCUCCUGCUGGUGCCCAUUGCUCAGUGUGCCAUAGCUCCUGAGGCAUUUGUCUUAAAGCAAAUUAGUUUGAAGAGGUCUUGGCUCUCAAGAGUCCUCCAUCAUUGGGCAUUCCAAGGAAAGAAAGAAGAAAAAGGAAAGCAGACACACACAUGCCCUGUUUGACUCUUCCUUGCUCCAGCAGAUGAUGUGGGAAGCUUAAGGAGAGUUUUCUGUUGAUUUGGAAAUCUUGUGAAGAUCAGAACACAACAGGAAAGUGGAUUCCUUAAGCUCUCCUAGAGGAAUUGACACACAGAUCUUUCUAGGCUGAGUUCAAAGGAGACAUCCUAAUACUGCCUCAUAAAGAGAGUUCUCUGAUGGGUAGCUUUUUAGCUUUAAGUUUUGGACUGGUGCACAACUCCUACGGUGAAUAAUUAUGUGCCUUUUUUAUUGUACUUCGUAUAAAAGAGGACUAGAAAAAUCCUACCUUUUCAGCAUGUCUGGUUCGUUGUACUAAACAAGAUCUGUAAAUAACAUUGGAAAUAUAUUAUAAUAUAUGGUACAUUUCAAGGUUGAUUGUUUAGGAGUCUCUGUUUCUAGAAAGAGACUGUUCUGCAAAUGUUUACAGGUGGUUCUCAACCUUUGAGCUGCUGGCAAGCAGCAUUUUAGAGACCUCUUCUAAUUAGACACAGAUAAAUGUUGAAUAGGUAAAAUAGCCACAUGUUCUGUUACAUUGCCACAUUUUACAUUUGUUGUGUGUAGAGACAUCACAAUUUAGCACUUGGAUAUUUGGCUCUUCUGAGGCAGUAAAUGUACUUGGUGGAUGGAUGGAUGGAUGGAUGGAUGGAUGGAUGGAUGGAUGGAUGAUGGAUGGAUGGAUGGAUGAUGGAUGGAUGGAUGGAUGGAUGGAUGGAUGGAUGGAUGGAUGGAUGGAUGGAUGGAUUUCAGGAGGCCUCGACUGGUCUCAAAGCCCUGAGUGUGUGUCCUGUCCUGCAGGGCACUGUUGUGUUGUUUCAGGGACUGCCUGGAACAAGAAUACUGCAAAUCCUCCUUAUUCUGGAAAUAACAAGAUGACUGGCUUAGAUGCCAUCUGUGGAGCUUAAAAACUCUGAUCUUCCAUUUUGUUUCUCAUCCUGUGAAAAUGUCAAAUGUGAGCAAAUAUGCUGUGUGAGCACUGUCUAGACAAAUUUCCUGAACAAACCAACAAAGUCUUUUCAGCAUUUGAAAAACAAGCCUGGUGAUAAGAAGGCAAAUUAGAGCAGGAGGUAGGGAGCAUAUAUAAAUACUGUUACUCUGAAAUAUAAAUAAUUUACUGUGGUUGACCCAUUGGCAGCAUCUUUGUAAACCUGAAUUUAAUAAUGUGUCCGGUAGUUCAUGGAGGGUCAGUGCAUAUGGACAGAGCAGUGACAAGACCUUAUCCAAAAGGCAGUCAAAACUGAUGACCACUGGUUUUGGAUGUGGGUCCAUGGCACACAGCUUUUCUGUACAGAUUAUUUCAGUCAUACUGAAGGAGAGACAGAGAUGGUAUCUGUUAAUUUCACAGUUUAAUAUUUUAUAGUUAAAAAAAAAAAAAAUGUUUUGUUUUACUGAGCCAGGAAAAUAGGUAAUUGCAGUCACUGUAGUGCUGUGAAUCUUGGUGGUCUGUUCCUUGAAUAACUUUAGCCAUUCCUAUUUCAAGGCAUGCUGAACAGAAUUUAAUGGAAACAAAGUUAAUUUUUCAAGGGCAUGAUAUGUAAUAAAAUUUUUACUUUUAACAUGCAAAAUCCAUCAGGUCUUGUCAAGGCUUGGUUAGUAUCUAGAAAGCAUAACACUGUGUUUUGCCCCAAUUUUAUUCUUGAAAUAGAGUGUGCAAGAUGCAAUACAAGGCCAAUUCUCCUGGAGUUUACUUGUGGCUAAUUGCUGAUCUUUAUUCAUGUCUCAUGGACCAGGUUGCACAUGAACAUAAACAAAAGAAUAAUUCUGGUGAGAUUCUAGGUACAAAAAUACUUAAAAUUCUGUGUUUAUGGUAAGUUGUACACAACCUUUUGAACAGUGUAAUAAGACCUGCAGGGAGAAUAGCAUCUUUAAUAAAUCAAGCAAUACUGUAUAAAAUCAUGGACAAUCUCAGUAUUUAAGUCUUCCUGCAGGUCCAAAAGAGGUAGGAAACUUCAGGCUAAAUAUAGAUUGAGAACAGCUACCCUCCAUUUAACCUCCUUAUCUUAAACUACCAGACAAUUUAAAAUUAUAUUUACCAUCUAUGCAUCAGGUGUUGAAGGCUUUGUACAGGAAUGAUUUUGUAAGUGAGUUUUCAUCUUCUCUCCUAAUACAAUUUCCACCUUUUAAACUGUAUGAAAGCUGUAUUCUCUUUUUGUUUGCUCUGAUUGAGUUUUACUCCUUGAGGGAGAUGGGAAAGCAAAAGAAGGAAAAGAUGGUUUUGCCAGGUGAGAUUUUGGGGGAGUAACAGGUCAUUCACACCCAUUUUUAGUCUUUCCAAUAAGUGCUAACUGUUUUAUGUGAACAUGGCAGGAAGUAGAAAUUAAUUAUAUAUCAGUGUGAUUAGUAAAUACCUAUUAGAGUAAAAAGUCACAGUACUGAACAGAAGCAAAUAUGCCAUGUGCUUUCUUUUUCCCCUUUAUUUUUUCCUUGUCUUGAAUUAGCAAUCUACAGUUGAUCCUUGGUUAGCAGUGGGGCAAGUGAGCCUUUCAAACCCUGGGUAAAUGAAAAAGGAAAGAUGAAUAUUUAGGAGAAUAUCAGAGUUUAAAUCUACUCUGCUAAAAGGAGUCUUGCAUGGGCAGUUUAGGAGCUUUGAAGCUGAGAGGACCAGAUAGAUCUGUGUUUAUUGGCAGAGAUUUCAAAGGAGAUUUCAAACCUUCACUCUGACACCACCAUGAAAAAUAAGAAUUGGGUGUUUUGGGAUUUGGCCCCUCAGUGCAGAGCAUUUGUCUGACAGUGGUCAGUCCUGGCAGGUUUGAGUGCCAAGGCCACCAGCUGCAGGGGCUUGCAAGAGCCAGAUUUAGGGUAUAAGAAGGUAAACAGGUUUUUAUGGUAGAUAAGUGGCUUUGAGAUUUACAUAACAAUAUAAAAGAAAUAUAAAAGAAUUCAAAUAACUCUUAAAAGGUGGAGUUGGUAUUUUAUGUGAUUGUCAUUUUUUAAGACUUGCUGGAACAAUUUCUUAUAUUUGCAAAACACAUCUGUUGGAUUAAUUUUACUUUAUUAUUUAUCUGUAUGAACCACUGCUUUGGCUGUGGUACUAACAUGGUGACUCUGCAUGUUGAGAGGGUCUUAAAUAUUCUCUCGUCAAAGGAAUAAUAAUAAAAAAAGCCUUGAGUAUUAUCUGUUUUAACCAAAGUCUAUGGUUCUUUUGUCAGUAUUUCACCCCUUAGUAUUAUCUGAAAUCCUGCUUAAUGGUGUUCAAAUUUUCAGUCUUGUUUCCCACAGUGCAGCAUUCUAGAUCUCAUGAAAAAUAUUCAAUGUAGUAUAAUAUGCCUUGUGGAGAAAAUUCAGAUCAAAGGCUUUCUAUGCUAUUUUGUUUGAUUUAGGGGAUUAUGGAGCUAAAUACUAGGUCAUAGGACAAAAGAAUUGAAGGUAAGAAAGACUAGCACUGUUGUGAAAGCCAAGCCAGGAAAAAAUAUUCUUUUCUAUGCAUGUUAGGGCACCUAAAAAUUAGCCGUAGUCCUAAGGUAAUAAAAGCUCUUUCUUUUUUGAGAGCUACAAACUAUUUUCCAAGCUGAAUUUUAUUUUGGUUUGGUUGAAUCUAUUUGUUCCUCAGCCAGAACUGUCCUCUAACCUUACUGGCUUGCAGGUUCCUGAGGCAUGCUAAGCUCCAGUGGGAAGGAAACAAGAGAAAAGUUGAUGCUUUGGAAGGACCCACUGGAUUCCCCUGCAAUCAUGUAAGAUCUUUAUUGUGCUCACCCACCAGAACUCUUUGGGGCAGUUCCACAUGCAAAAAACCAAACUCGUGUUCCAUAGAAAUGAUCUAAGACCAAAAUAUGGAAACAUAGAACAGGUCUUCAUACGUAUUUUGAAAGUGUUGAAGUAUUUCUCUCAGCUGAAUGAAUAAUUUGGGACUCAAUGUGUCUGAAGAGGAAGCCUUCAUGGUCUUUCAUUUAUAGUCCUUUUCAUUGGCAUGUCCCUUUUAAAAAACUGGGAUCUAGUAGAUGAAAACCUCACUUGCCAUGUGACAAGGAGUGUAACCUAUCUGACACAGGAUAGCUGCAAUUUUAAGUAUUUAAAUCAGAGCUAGUGAGAUUUAAUGAAAUAGCCCCAGUCCUAAUCUGUUCUUUAGAUCAAUUACACAGUAUGUAAUUCCUUCAGUAUCCAGUAUUCAUUUGGAAUGGUUCAUUACCAGCCAUACAAAAGUGCAUUAUGGGCCAUUUCAGGAUCCAGGGAGUUGGGCUAUAGGAAGAACUGCAAUAGAAAUUGUAGUUCAGAGGGAGUUUAGCAUGUUUUUAUUCAGUUAGAGCACAAAUACCUUUGUUUUUUUCAUGAGAGGCUUUGGGAGGAAGAACAACUACAAGAAUUCACUCAAUUGAAGGUGUUUUUAACAAUGAUGUUCUGUUUUUUCCUGCUGCUAUUUUGACCACCUGCUUCUUAGUGUUGAUCAAAGUCAAUGGUAGAGGUCAUACCACAGAUAAAAGAUGAUAUUGCAAAUUAGAAAAUCUAGCUAACAGACUGGAGAGAAACCAAGGAAUGAUCAGAUCUUCAUAUGUCUCUAGAUCUAGAUGCCACCACAGGAAACUUAAUACCCAAAAAUUCUCUUUGGAAAGAAUCCCAAACUACAGUUACCUCUUUAGUACACUAUAAUGGAUUUCAGAAUGGCUUCAUAAAACACAGUGACUUACAUUACAAAAGCAUUAAUGGCAUGUAACUAAAAGGUAUUGAGUUCAGUGGUUGUCCUAAAUAAAAACAAUGGGUUUUGGCCAAGAAUAUUUACAAGUACCCAGUGAAACGAUAUAUGGCAAUCUUAUUUUGAAAAACAACUUCUGAAUCAAGAGUAUCUUCAAAGACAUGUAGAAGCUUUGAUUACUUCUCAUAGUAUUAGUGUUUCCUAUUGGCCAUUAACAAGUGUUGUGCAGUUUUCAAACUCUCUGUAAUGUUUAAUUUUUAAAAAUGCAGCAACUAGAAUGCAAAUUGUGACUGCAAAUAUUUUUUCAUUAUGUGGCACAUCAACAAAUCAAUUUGUAUUCACACUGAAAAAGUUAAUAAAUUACUAUGCAUUUUACUGCUGA